AUGAGCGCUCCCACGACAGGAAGCCCAGAAAUGGAGGUGAAGGUGGUCUCCCAGGAGAUGGCAUUGCUUAGCAACAUACUGGCAGCUUACACCUUCAUUGCUGACCAACCCGAGAGAACGGCCUUGGUGUUUCUGGGUGGUGUCUGUAUCGGCCUCCUUGUCACACUCUGCGCCAUCGUCUUCCAGAUACACUGUCGAGCAGACUGUCACUAUGGCAACAGUAAGCAUCCUCACCAUCGCCACAGGACCAGGCAUCAUCCCCGUCGCCAUCCUAGCUGUCCCCUCCAUCAGCCCACCGACAGUAAUCCAGACAGCACUGCUGUUGUUGCCUCUGGAGGGACGGGGCCCGCUGGGGACAGCGAAUCAGAGGACUGGGAUGACACAUCUGACCUGUCGGCACGGAGACGCAGACGCUUCGAGAGAGCUCUGCUGCACGCCACCAUGUUCACAUCAGCUGAGGAGCUGGACCGGGCCCAGCGGCUAGAAGAACGGGAAAGGAUUCUCAGAGAGAUCUGGAUGAACGGACAACCAGACAUCAGUACAGUCACUCAAAGUCUCAACAGAUAUUACUGA